AUGGCAGCUCCCGCAAAGUCGACCCGCUGGGGCUCCUUCCUCCAGCAAGCUGUAGCCGGCGUUGAGGCCCGUCUCGACAACAUGCUUGCUGAGGGUGAGAAUGGGGCUAUUCAAUCCGAAACUCCUCAGCCUACCACGGCUUCUACUACGGCUCUCUCCAAGGACCAUCAGAUAAGCCAACCUCGAUCCUCUACCAGCAGCCGUACCAACGACCGUCUACAGGAGCGCCUUGCCAAGGCCAUUGCCGCCAAGAACACUCAACCGUCCGACGCUCGCAGCUUAAUAUCAGAUUCCCAGAGCACCCGGCCGAGCGCUGAUGGCGGUCGCCCAGCAGUCGGUAUGGUUCCCAAAAGGGUUGCCGAUGCUCCUAUUCUUGAAAGCACUUCAGCGCCGGCGGCGGCCGCGGCGGCCGCCAUACCUAAUGAUACCCUGCAGGGCGAAGACGAGGUCAUUGAGACCUCCAGAGUAGAACCCUUGGAUAGCCAGCGACUUCCGAACGCAGUGCAGAACAGUCCAGACUGGAAGGCUCAACAGGCCGACAACUUCGCCAUAUCCGAUCAACGGCCAGAACUUGGAACAGCAACCAUGUCAACUGGUCACCGUGUCGACUGUAAGCAAUGUACGGCGCUUCGUGCACAGGUGGAAGUUCUGGAAGUCAAGGCGGAACAGUCAGCAAAAGAACAACAGGAGGAGAUACACCGCUAUGUCGAACAAUUUGAGUCCAUACAGGCAAAGCUGCAAUUCCUGGCACGAGAUGCUACAGACGCCGCACGAACGUCUGCUGCGGCGGCGCCCGCAGGAAGCCAUGAGCGUAUGCUUGCUGAAAGAGACAUCAAGAUUACGGCUCUCAUGAAUGAAGGCCGGAAUUUGGCCGCCACGGAACAGAAACAUCGAACCAUCAUCAGGAAACUCAGGGCACAGAUUGCAGACGACGAGAAAACCUUGGGAGAGCUGCGUACUCGUCAAGAAAAGCUGACUGCUGACACGGAAGCACUACGCCCUCGGGCCAACCGUGUUGAGGAACUGGAACAGACGAACCAAGAACUGCAAAUCAAAUCUAAUGGAAUGCAGGAUGAAUUAAGCGCGUUGCGCGAUGAAGUUUCGACUAAUAAGUCUACGAUGCAAAGGCUGCGGGACGAUCUCCGGAGUGCCUCUGACCAGGCCAACUUCGCCAUAGGUAGAGCGAACGAGGAGGCGCUGACCGCCGAGAAACGCCGCGUCAAGGACCUUGAGGAUACUGUUGCCGCUUUGCAGCUGGAGCGAAGCCUGAUAGCUGGUCGGGCAAAGGAAAGCGCAGCCGAGGCAGAAGAAGAAGCAGCACGCAUAGCGGAGCGCACCCGCACCAAGGAACUCGAGAUGAAGGCGGAGCUCCAGGCGAUGGAGGGGAAGCUGGAGGCGAUGCGGGCACUAGCGGAAGAGGCGUCUUCUGGCGCUGUAGGUGAUUCUCAAGUCAAACUCUUGCGUCAAGUGGAAACGCUGCAGACGCAGCAUGCCAUUGCUGUGGAAAAUUGGCAAGGUAUCGAGGCCAGUCUGAUCGCCCGAGUCGGUAAUCUUGAACGCGAGAGGGAUGAUGCUCUGCGACGCGAGUCGGACAUGAGGAAAAAGGCUAGAGAAACUGCAACCCGAUGCAAGCGCCAGGAUGAGGAGCUCCAAGAGCUCACGAGCAAGUUCCCCAACUAUCAGCGGGAUAUCGAGAGUUUCCAAGCUCGGAAUGAGGUUCUCCAGAAAAGAGCAGAGAACGCCGAGGCGGCCCUCUCCCAUGCUAGACUGGACCUCGAAAAGCAGCAAACAGCAUGGAAGACUGAAACGACUGAACCCGACCGUCGACCUUGGCUGGAAGACCACUUGCCUGGCCCUGGAUCUAGGAUACAAAGUCGUCCAGACUCGCCCUUGCUCUCUGUACCUACGCGUACGAUGAGCAACGACCUGCUUCUACUACACAGUGUAUCUGGUAAGAGCCGAAAGAUAUCGACCCCGACUAGCGGGACGGACGGCCACCCAGAGGGUUCACAACUAGGGAUAGGGAGGAGACUACCAAGUCAGACUCCGGCAAGACCGCCGAUAUUAUCCGGUGGCUCUAAUCAGCCGGUGGCACCUUCUAUCACCUCAUUCGAGCUGCCCCCAGACUCGCUGCCUACGCCCACCUCGUAUCCAGGCGAUAAAGACGAUUUGUUUGACGGUGUGGAGACGGCCUCGUUGCCUCGCCAGAUGAUGCAGGACAUGGUUUCCGUUUCGACGGUUGGUGCAGGGCCCUCGGUACAGCUGGUUGAAAGGAUGAGUGCGGCCAUCCGUCGGUUGGAAGCAGAGAAGGUGACAUCCCGUGAAGAGCUGGCGCGCAUAUCGGGACAAAGAGACGAAGCAAGAGCCGAGAUCGUUUCGUUGAUGAAAGACUUGGAGUCUAGCAAGACGGCCUCAAAACGGGUUGCCGAGUUGGAGGGACAGGUCGAGGACUUGAAUUCGAGAUACCAGACGACGCUAGAGUUGCUCGGAGAGAAGAGCGAGCUAGUAGAGGAGCUGCGGGCUGACGUGCAGGACGUCAAGGCCAUGUAUCGUGACUUAGUAGAGCGCACAAUCAGAUAG